AUGAGUGGUGGCGACACGUUGGACAAAUGCCAGGUGGUGGGCCCUGCUGCCACAGCCGGUGGCGGCAUGUUGCCACGUCAGCGUGCCGCCACAGCCGGUGGCGGCAGGGCCCACCACCUGGCGUCGCGGACGAAGCUGCCCAACAUGCCGCCACCACUCACGGCGGCAAGUCCUGCCGCCACCGGCUACGGCGGCAUGUGCGACGUGUCGCUUGGCCAGCGUGCCGCCACGGUAGUUUUGACAUUUGCACUCAGAGGUGGUCCUUUCUGGCAUUUCACUGGGGCAGGUGGUCUGAUCUGUCAAAAUUUCACGGCCGCACACACGUCAGCGUCAGCCAUGUUUAUCAUCACGACGUCAUGUGGGGUCGACGCGGGCCGCCUCGCCUCAUCCCCAAACACGCCCUUCCCCCGCGCCCACGCCUUCCCCCACGCGCGCCGCCGCCGCCCUGCCCCAGCGCCGCCGCCGUCCUCCCGCCGCCUGCCCGCCGCGCCCACGCCUCGCCUCAGCGCCGCCGCCGCUGCCGCCGCCCUGCCGCCGCACCCACGCCCUCCCCCGGCCCGCGCCCACGCCCUGCCCCGCGCCGCCGCCGUCCUCCCGCCCGCCGCCCCUGCCUCAGCGCCGCCGCCGUCCUCCCGGCCGCCGCCCACGCUCCCUGCCCACGCGCCGCCGCCCUGCCGCCGCCACUGCCGCCGCGCCCACGCCCUCACCCGGCCCGCGCCCACGCCCUGCCCCAGCGCCGCCGCCGUCCUCCCGGCCGCCGCCGCUCUGCCCCCAGCGCCGUCCCCGCCGCAGCCAUCCACCGCGCCGUCCCCGCAGCCCUCGCCCCUGCCCCCGGUACCGUAG